CGGCGAGUUUCGAUCACGACAACGAACCAGUGUGGUCACGUAGGCCCACCGAAUCGCAUGUGGUGGAUGGAUCUUUCUCACUUCGAAUCGACGCCGAGUUAAAAAACAUGUUAUAACCGCGUUGUAUCCUCUCGUUAUCGCGCGAAACGAGUAACGUCGAUAUAAUUAACGCGUUAAAGGACGACGAUCAUCAGCUGCGAGCCUAGAGAGAGAGAAAAAGAAAGAAAGAGAGAAAGAAAGAGAGAGAGAAAGAGAGAAAGACAGAGACAGAGACAGAAACAGAGAAAAAGACAGAGAAAGAGAGAAAGAGAAAGAAAGAGAGAGAGAGAGAGAGUUAGAGAGAGAGAGAGAGAGAACGGUAAUUGAAACACAAGGCAUUUAUCCUUCGACGAUUAUAUACAUACAUAUAUUCGGACGUCUAACGAGAAGCGGCGAGUAUCACCGAAUUGUGUUUGUCUCUUUCGGGCUCAAUGGCCGAAUAUCAGAGCCGCCAACGAACGAGGGUAUUGAGGGAAGGGGGAUGACAUUAAGAGGGUUGGAUGGUAGGGGGGAAAAGCAAGCUUAUAGGAUAUAAACAGUAAUCUAGGAGUAAACGCAGAUUUUAAUAGAAGAUCAUCUUUGCUCUGAAGCCUUAGUGACUUGCAUGAUCAUAAACGCUCUACAACUUAUCUACAAGCUAACGUGUGAUAUAAAAUGAAGUGGUCCCCGGGUGCUCUGUUUUGUGAACAAGUGGGUGAACUUACUCGGGUAUUCUCUCAGUGGAACGAGUGCGAACAAACCGUGGUACUUUAUGCUCUACUUCGUCGCAUCCCUGCUGUUCAAGCAAGAUUUCUGGCGCAGGCUGUACAACAUUCUCUUCACUCUGUUUCUGAGUUGGAUACACAAGAAUUGAAUGCUAACAAUCCAGCCUUCAUUAAUUCAUUACUCACAGAACCGACUGAAGUUGCAAUCAAUCAACUUUUAACGCAUCUCCCGCUUUUAAGGCCUGGAAAUGUAGAAUGCAAACAAUGUUAUCUUAUAGCAAUACCUGAGUUAGUGAGUCAUUGUGUGACCACUGGUCAAUAUACAGAACAGACACAGCAGUUGCUAAGUUACACGUUAAUUCAUCCUGCUAUAACUAGUCAAGACAGACGCUCGUUAACCCAAUGGCUAAGGCAUCUCGAAGAACGAAUCAGUGGCACUCCAUCUAUUCAUAGCCUCGAAGAAUAUACGAACACCUCAACUAGGUGGGAUAAUGUAUGGCAAAGAAGUUCUAAACAGCAACAACAACAACAACAACAACAGCAAUCAAAUGAACAAACACAUUUGUUUGGCACACAGCCUACUACUACAUUUAAUUUACAGUUUCCUCCUCCAGUAACUCGUCAACGUCGUUCAAAUAGUUUGACUCCUCCUGUUGCACCACCACAUCAUCUUGAAGUCGUUGAUCGUAGCAACAAUGCAAAUAAUUCCAUAAGACACAAACCACGCAGUUUUAGUAUCUCCGGAGAUCAUACCAGCAAUCUAAUAGGUUUAGGUCCUCUUAGUCCACAGAGUUCUUGCGCAAGUAGUGGUAGUGAGGGUCGUUUAGAUGAAGCUUCGAAUCGUACAUUGGCAAGUGGAAUGAAAGAUGUACCAUCAUGGCUUAAGACAUUACGCCUUCACAAAUAUAGCUACUUGUUUGUUACCCUAAGUUACGAAGAAAUGUUACAAUUAACCGAAGAACAAUUAGCCGAGCAAGGUGUAACAAAAGGAGCCAGGCAUAAGUUAGCUCUUUCAAUUGCUAAAUUGCAACAACGUUACACGACUCUUGUUAACUUAGAAAAAGAUCUGUUACAACCAACUCGUGAUGGUACACAAGGAACUUCAUUUUCACAAGGGCCAAUACUGCUUGUCAAUACUCUUGAUGAAUUGAAGACAAUAUUAGCUACACCUUUAAAACCAAGUCAGGAAAGUGAUCCUCAGGAUAUACCUGCGCAGUUUACGAAAGUCCUUGGAAAACUUUGUAGCAGACUGGCACUGGAUAGUGUAGACGAUGGAAUUUUAUGUGCAUGCAUUAAUAUAUUAGAAAAAGUAUUGCAACAUGACUGCUUUACUCCAAAUCAAAAGGAGAAGGUACAACAAUGGCGUAGCAGACUUGGCAAUCCACGACCCACACCGAAAUGGCAAUAUAAUUAUGGAUAUAAUAAUCGAAGAUUCUGUAAUCUUCAACAACACAAUAGAAAACCGAGUUUAAAUUUGAGUCAUAUUCACAAUACUCAUUCACAUAACAAUUCUUUUACCAUCAGCCCACAUAGAAAUAGUAUAUCUACACCGUAUAUACAAAAUAAUCAGAUCCAAACUAUGAAUCAGAAUAACUUACGUCCAGUACAUACGGCUGAGAAAAGACCUAGUUUACAGGAGAAUAGUUUGGAGCAACUUCAAAGAACGUUGCAACGAACAUAUAGUGCACCAAGAGAUCAUUUUCUUGGCCAAGGAGGUGGUGGUGGCGGAGGAGGAGGAGGAGGAGGUGGUGGUAGUGGACCGGAAACAACAGAACCGGAAAUAAAUUCAAGCCUUGAAUCUCUCUGCUUGAGAAUGACCGAACAAGCGAUUGGUGGUUUUGGUGAAGUCUAAAAGAACAUUUCUCCUCCGUGGCCAUAUUAAUGGACGUAUCGUAAGUUCCGUUUAAAAACGAAAGAAAAACAAACAAAAGAAAACAGAAAACAAAACAAAGAUCACACACUAAUACUUGUCCAAAUAAUCAAUCAUUGCCAAAAGUGGGUAAGAAAAGGGAGGGGGUGGGGAUAAAUGGGUAAGAAAAGAAAAAAUAUAUGUGGUGAAUAUUGAAAUCAAUGAAAAUGAUGGAGAUGCGAAUAAAAUUGAAAUUGGUCGGUGAUCAUAAACGACAUAUAUAUAUAUAUAUGUGUAUAUAUAUAUGUAUUUAUAAUACAUAUAUAUAUAUAUGUAUAUAUGUAUUCGCAUAUUUUAUUGCGAUAAGAAUAUAAAUAUAAUAUUACACUCUCACGCUUUAAUAACACUACCAAAUGAAGAUGAAGAAGAAGAAGAAGAAGAAGAAAGAAAGAAAGAAAGAAAAAAAAAAGUAAAUGUUCGACAAUUGAAAUGAUUGCGUAUAAAGAAAAGAUGAGAUCAUAGGUAUGUGGACGACGUGAUCAUAAAUGACUCAAAUAUAUAUAUAUGUGAAUCAUAUUUUUUAUUAUAUCCGAUGCAAUUCUACUGUUAUAUGAAACUGACAGAAUUUGGCGAGCCAAAUGCUAUUAGAAAGAUAGAUUCUUUCCUUGACUUAGCUGCAUCUAUAGAAAAAAAAAAAAAGAAAAAAAAAAUUAUAUGAAUAAAAUAUAUAUAAAUAUAUGUAUAUGUAUACACACAAUAGGAUUUUAAGAGAAAGAGAGAAAGAAUGAAAGAAAGAAAGAAAGGAAGGAAGGAAGGAAGGAAGGAAGAGAUAUAAAAUCGUAUAAAAUACAAAGAAAAAAAGAAAAGAAAAGAAAAAAGGGGAGGAAGAGAGAGAUAGUGCACGAAAAAAAAAAGAUGUGAAACUCUGCCGUGCGAUAUUUGCAAUAUUAUUUUUCUCGUGUUAUCCAUUUCUGGAAAUGGAAUUCGUCUGAUUUUAAGCCAGGACACAUUAUAGUAAUGUAAUGUAAUAAUUUUUUUUUAAAUGAAUAUGGACUGAUUUUA